AUGUUAGUCAUGCAGGAAAUGUCAACUUCCAAAAGAACAUAUGAUGACAUUGACCCAGAUUACACAGAUGUUUGUGAGCAGCAGACAAAACGACAAAGAGCCAUUGAACAAGAUGCCAAGCAUGGUGUUUGCAAGAGGAUUCAAGCCGUGGUGAGGAAUGAGUUUCAGAAAGAAAUCAACAAUAAAGAAAUGGAAUUACACCAGGCUGACAAGAGAUUAAACGAGGCUCGGCUGAUGAUGGACAGACUGCGUGCCUGUAUUGUUUCCACAUACUAUCGACAGAUUUACCAGUUUGGCAUGCCAGAGGCCUCAAGCACAAAUGGGCCAUCUUCAUCCAUCCAUCCGGCUGUGAAGAAAUGUUUAGGUAAAAGGCCUGUACAUCAUCAAAUCAACUCCGACACUGCCACAUCUCACCCUCAGAAAUCUUCAGGAGUAGACAUAAGUUCUAGUGUUGUUGGCAAGACCAUUAACUUCCUAUGUACAUUCUCUCAGGUCCCUUCUGUGCCGUCUCUUGAUGCUAGUUAUGACGAUCGACGUGCCAGAUUCAAGAUCAAGAAGAAAGUCAUUAUUGGAAAUGUUUCCAAAUACAUUCCCAUAGACCACAGGGAGACCAAUGAUAAAUCCAGUCACAAGUGGAUGGUUUAUGUCAGGGGACCCAAGUCAGAGCCAGACAUUUCUGGCUUUGUCAGGAAAGUCUGGUUUUUCCUACAUCAUAGCUACAAGCCAAAUGAUUUGGUGGAAAUCAGUUCUCCGCCAUUUCACUUAACACGACGGGGCUGGGGAGAAUUUCCUGUUCGAGUACAACUUCAUUUUGUAGAUCCUCGCAACAAGAAAGUUGAUAUUAUUCAUCAGCUGAAACUCGACAAAACAUUCAGUGGUUUGCAAACUCUCGGGGCAGAAACAACUGUGGAAGUGGACCUAGAAAGGGAUUUCUUUGAAACAGAUGCAAAUGGCAGAAGUCACCAUUUAAGACAGUCGUCCUCAUCAUCGUUGUCGUCAUACCAUGAGAGAGAAACCUUGUUGAGCUCGUUGUACAAGGCAGCACCAGUGCCAACUGAGAGAGUCCUGCCAGUUUCUCACACAGAAAACAUUGUAUUAUCAGAACAGUCAGGCAGGAAUCUCCAUGAUCAUUCUCAGUCCGGUGGCCGUAGUUGGAGUUGUGAAUCCGUUAUGGAUAAUAAAUGUGCUCCUUCGGAGUGUCUAAAAGCAGACAUGAGUGGCACAGAGGAAGGUUGUGUGGCUGAUUUGGCAAUGGGUCUUGAGCCUGUGUUUGAGAUGGAGACUGAGACGGUCACUGCAGAGAAGGAGUAUAAUGUGACUAUCGCUCAUGAAACUAAUGAAAGUGAACAUCAUGGUCAGGAGGAGGAGGAGGAAAUUAUAGUGACAGAUGUGUCCAGAACAGGGAAGGAUACCCAAAAGAAUGGGACAGACAGCAGCACCGCAAAUAUUGCUGCAGUUUAUGAGCCUCAGAAUCGUACGUCGGGUACACAGUUUCAGCAAGAAUUUUCAUCAGCAAAACCAAGCCUGGUAACACCCUUAACCAUAAUCAGCAAGUCACAGCUGGUGAAGUCUGCAGAUGUUUCAGGAAUUAUGUCAGUGACUCUGCAGAGGUCCACAUCCAACAUCUCCAACUCACUACUUCAGCAGCCUUCACCCAACAUCUCCAACUCACUACUUCAGCAGCCUUCACCCAACAUUUCCAACUCAGUAACCCAGUUACACACAUCCAACAUCUCUCACUCACUACUGCAGCUGCCGACAUCCAAAAUCUCCCACUCACUACCCCAGCUGCCCAUAUCCAACAUUUCCAACACACUACCUCAGCUGCUCAGAUCCAACAUCUCUACCUCAGCCAACAAAAUUAGCCAUGCUCAGGCUGGGGAUAGCGAAUCAAAAAAUCCAUUGUUCAGUUCUGUAGAUCACAACACAACAGUUACACCUGUACCGUCUCAUCCAAGCAGUUUUAUAGUGUUGGAAUCCAGUGGGGUAUCUGUUAAACCAAUCAUCAAACAGUUAUGUCCAUCGCUUCCAUCCCUGCCAUCAUCUGUAUCAGUUCUGCCAGUGUUAAAUACAGCCAAGAUUAUAGCACCUCCUGUAUUUGGCUCUACUCAUUUGCCAUCAUCACAGCACAUUUCAUCAACAGCCACUGCUUCCAGAAUUACUAAAUCUUCUGUUGGACCAUCUGCAGUAUCCCUGUCUCAGCUGAUGCUGCCCAAGCCUCCUCAACCAUCUCCUCAGUUUGACUCUCAGAAGCUCUUUAUUGUCAAAUCAAAUAUCCCGGAUGUUAAACUUCAGGUAUCUGGCCCAAGUUCAACUGCUGCCGGAAGCAAAUCCUUGCUGCAGCCAAAACCCAGCGGUCCUAAGCAGGUGUCUCUACUAACUGGCAGGGUUUUUACACCACCCACUCCACCACCUGUUGCCGCCAAAGCCUUUGCUUCCAGUCAGAAGACUCAAGAAACAUUACUAGCCAAACAUAGCUUAGUGACAAAAGAUAUGUGCAAUCAAAUUUUAUCUUCACAAAGUCAAAUUACAAAAUCUGGCUCAAAGCAAGGGCAGGUGCUAAUAUUAAAAACUGUCAAUCAUUCAGGAGUAUCUAUUCCUCAAGCAACAGAUCAGGGUGCCAACCAGGCACAUAGUUUAGCUAAUAUAAAACUUGUGAAUGGUAUUCUAGGACAGGAUGUGACUUCUCAUUCGGUAAAUGUUUCUUAUUCAACUCCUGGUGGAUUCACAUCAGAAUUGCCGCUAACUGUCAUGAACAACUAUAUCCCCAUAAACAGCUCAACUAGUCAAACUAUGCAACAGAGACCCACUCGGAUUAUGGGCUCCGAUAUCGUUCUCCACGUACCAGGGCAGUAUCAGACCCAGCUCAACGGCCACGGUGUUAGUUCUUUCACAAAAAUGUCAGCCAUAGGCAUGACCAAGCGAGGAAAGAACCCUUCCGCACUGCCAGUUGUAAAUACAAACUUUCGACCCACGACCGAUGAGGAGAGGAGACAAAAUCAGUAUGAAGUACUCAUGGAAUGGAAAAGAAAUCGCCAUCUUGAAGAGAAAGCCAAGGCGGUUGCCAGAGUUGUCAGGGACAAGAUUGAGGAGAAGCAGAUCUUGGAUGACUACAGCAGCAUGCGAGCCUUAGUGAAGGCAGCAGUGAGGCUCCACCCUCUUGUUCAAGCCAGUGUCAAUAAACUGACUCACCCUUAUUGUGCUGAAUCUUUGGAGCAGUGGAAUAGCUGGACAGUGGGGAAACAGUUAGGAUCUGAGUGGCACAGAGCAUGCUUUGUGCUCAAAUACCUCAACACACUACUGGGGACAUCCAACUCUUUCCAAGGAGAGACCCUUAUGUCUACCCGUCAGCUGGUUCAGUGGUGCAGGCAACAUGCUUUCAGUCCUUUGAUUACAGGUAAU